AUGGAGGCCUUGAAAUCUCCAACAGUCGUCUUUCCUACCAGCCUGCCUCCACUUGUCCUCAAUCCUGUCGCCGCUUCGAUAUUGCUUGCCGCUGUGAUUGCAGUACUUAUUUUAAGUCGAAAAAACAGCAAAUUUCCUCACGCCAACCCUCCAGCAUGGUAUGCUCCGACAACUAUAAAUCAGUUGGACGCUGUGACAAACGGCAUUAAUAUCGUGGAUGAUGCCCGAAAGAGGUUCUCUGACAAGCCAUACCGAUAUAUCAACAACAACGGAGAAAUUAUUGUUCUUCCAGCACGCUUUGUGAACGCUAUCCGGAAUGAAGAAGGUCUAAGCUUUGCGCAAGCGGUCGUGCAGGACUUCCACGCUCAUGUUUCAGGAUUUACAGCUGUAAAAGUUGUAAAUCACCAGGGACAAGUGUUGCAAAAUCUUGCUAGAAAACCACUGACGAAACUACUUAAUACUGUUACCGAGCCCCUAGCUUCUGAAGCUAUCUUCGCAAUUGAUCACACCUUAGGCAAUCCCACUGAUUGGCAAGAAACCCUCGUUUUGGACUCUAUGCUGGACAUUAUCGCACGUCUUUCAUCACGCGUUUUCCUAGGCGAGAAACUUUGUCGCAACGAAGAUUGGCUUAAGAUCACGAAGGCAUAUACCGUGGAUACGUUCCAAGCGGCAUUCAAUUUGACGCUGGUACCCUUUGGUCUUCGAUUCCUCAUUCCCCUCUUCUCUAAACAAUGCAGAGUUGUUCGUGGACAUCUGCAUCGCUCUCAGGAGCUGAUUCGGCCCGUAAUUGAGGAGCGUCGUCUACUGAAAGAACAAGCACGCAGGGAAGGAAAGCCCGUUCCAAAGUUCAACGAUGCCAUCGAAUGGGGUGAACAGGAAUGUAAAGGUAUCAGCUAUGAUCCUGCUUCACUACAACUUACUCUAUCAUUUGCUGCUAUCCACACCACAUCGGACCUUUUGUCAAAGAUCUUGUUGCUCUUGGCCAGAGAACCUGAGCUAAUUGAACCCCUCCGGGAAGAAAUAAUCAGUGUUCUGAAAAAGGAUGGAUGGAGCAAAAUCUCGCUGUACAACAUGAAGCUGUUGGACAGCGCAAUGAAGGAAGCACAAAGAUUGUUGCCUAACGAGCAUUUGGCUAUGCGCCGGGUCGCAACCAAAGAUAUACACAUCGCGGAAGAAAACAUUACUAUCCGCAAGGGACAGUAUGUUAUGGUAGACGACACCCACGGAAAAAACCUGCCCCAAAGUGAAAACCUAGAGAAGUUCGAUAUAUACCGUUGGUUACGCCUACGAGAAACGCCCGAGUUUUCCAACAAAGCACACUUUGUAAGCACGAGCCCGGACCACCUAGGAUUCGGCCACGGAAUCCAUGCCUGCCCUGGUCGCUUCUUCGCUGCCAAUGAGACCAAGAUUGCACUGAGCUUUCUUCUUCUCAGAUAUGAUUGGGAACUGGCUCCUGGGACAACUGUCGAGCUAACUCCCUUUGGAAUCAGCUACAUGGUAAACCCAAAGAGUACUUUGAGGUACAGGAAGAGAGAAGCAGAGAUUGAUUUGGAGGCUCUGAAGUUCGAGUAG